UCUGGUCUUACCAUUAUUCAUGUUGAUGAGUGAUGCUUGGUUUGGUAGCUGUUUGCUGGCUGUGGUGUGUUUCACUGCCUACCAGUACAUCUUGCAGAUGCCAAAUUUUAGGUUUGGAUUCGAUAAUCCAUUGCAUUGCUUUGAGAAUGGAGUUUGAGAGCGAAGGAGUUUGAGAGAGGAGUCUCCAUGGCAACAGUCAACUUAAGCGGCUUCUCAGCAGCGGCGGUGUUGAAAACUGGUCCUAAAAUCGGUCGAAACUUCAGAAGCUUUUUCUUCAAGCCCUUAUUAACCUCUCCCUCAGCGUCUUCAACCGUGAAGACCACUUCCGGGGGAAAAUUUCUUGCCUCUUCGACCGCCGCCAUCGUAACAGAGCCGGAUUCCAUUUCAGAUGUACAGGGUGUCAGCACCAGCAAGAAUAUUUUAGCUUGUCCAAUUUGUUAUGUUCCAUUGAUUUGGAAUGGUGAUCCUGUCUUAUCUGUGGACGCUGCACCUCGGUCUAGUUUGCAAUGUGGCACCUGUAAGAAAUCUUACUUUGGCAAUGAAACGCAUCUUGAUCUGACAGUAGGUAGUGGGGCUAAAGAGUAUGGGGAAGCUAAACCAGCUUCCACUGAGAUUUUCAGGACUCCUCUGGUAUCAUUUCUCUAUGAGCGGGGCUGGCGACAAAGCUUUUCAGUAUGGGGUGGGUUUCCAGGCCCAGAGGGGGAGUUUGAAUUAACAAAAGAGUACCUUAAGCCAGUCUUAGGUGGCAACAUAGUUGAUGCAAGUUGUGGCACUGGGCUGUUUUCAAGACUUUUUACCAAGAGUGGACUGUUUUCUCUUGUUGUUGCUUUGGACUUUUCAGAGAAUAUGCUUCGGCAAUGCUAUGAAUUUAUUAAGCAGGAGGAGAACUUUCCCAAAGAGAACUUCAUCUUGGUCAGGGCUGAUAUUUCUAGGCUUCCAUUUCCUUCAAGAUCUGUAGAUGCUGUACAUGCUGGUGCUGCGAUACACUGUUGGCCUUCACCAUCAGCAGCUGUGGCUGAGAUAAGUCGAGUUUUAAGGCCUGGAGGUGUUUUUGUUGCUACCACCUACAUUCUGGAUGGUCCUUAUUCUGCACUGCCACUUUUGAGGCCUCUGCGUCAGAAUAUUGGGCAAAUCUCUGGCAGCCAUAUCUUCCUAGAUGAACGUGAACUCAAAGAUCUUUGCGAUGCCUGUGGUCUUGUGGGUUUUACAUGCACCAGAAAUAGACGUUUUGUGAUGAUUUCUGCCACAAAACCGAGUUAAGCAUUCAGUUUUCUUCUGUUGGUUUUAUUUGUUGUUUUUGUACUUUCGGACCGGUAGUGUCCGCUUUAUUGUAUUGUAUUUUUCUUUUUGUUAUAUAUAAAUCAAGUUUAAUUCUGGUAAAAAAAAAACACACCACAGGCAAUGUUUAUUAUUAUUUUUUUUUCGGUUCAUGGUGUACUACUCUGGAGGACAAAACAUUCUUGAUGUAUAUAGAGAGAAAAACUUACCCAAAUAUUUAUUAAAAUGAGAUUAUUCUACCGUCCUUAAAAUAUAAAA